AUGGCCAGCGCCGCCUCUUCCUCCUCCUCUUCCUCCUCCUCCGCCGUGUGCGGCUGCGCCACGCGGGGACAGGCGGGGCGGGAGCUCCGUGCGGGCCGCGACCGACCCGGGACUGCUGUUUGCCCCAUCACUACUAUCUCUGAGCUGCGGUACCACCCGCUCUGCAGCAUCUCUGUAGCCUCGGGGCUGCUCCAGCGAUGGGGCUGUAGUGUGGUCUCCACUCCAGGACUGCUCCGCCCACCCCACCGAGGCUGCAGCAGCACCACAGCUCCUCCCCCGGCCACGCACUACCGCCUGGUGUACACCUGCAAGGUGUGCCAGACCCGCUCAGCCAAGUCCAUCUCCAAGGCAGCUUAUCACCGUGGGGUGGUGAUCGUGACAUGUCCUGGCUGUGGGAACCACCACGUCAUUGCUGACAACCUAGGCUGGUUCUCAGACCUAGAGGGCAAAAGGAACAUCGAGGAGAUCCUGGCAGCCAAAGGGGAGAAGGUGAGACGUGUGGCUGGAGAAGAAGCUCUGGAACUGCUGCUGGAGAGCUCAGCAGAGCCUGAGCCCCAGGGCCAGCUCGCAGAGGGGGAAGGUGGGCAACCCCCCCCAGAGCCUGGCAGCAAGGGACAGACCUGA